AUGGAGAUGCAGGUGGACUGGGGAGUGACAGUGGUUGGUUCGAUGGCGGUGGUGGUGGCGGAUUUUGGGGCUUCAGCAGCGGCGGCACGUCUUGCUCUGCAGUCAGAGGGACCCCCGCUUGGUGUGUGUUCCGACUGUGCUGAUGUUGAAGAUGUUUAUGUUGAUGCUGGUGUUGUUGAGGAUGAGGAUGGGGAAGGUGCUGUGGGUGCCAGCCUUCUGGCAUGUAUUGACCAGGGCUGCUGGACUGUACUUGGCGGAACUGCAGCAGCAGUGCUGGCAGAGGUUUUGGAGGUGCUGGUGGACAAAGGUACAAAAGCCAGCGUCCAAGGAGAGCAAGUUGUCCAGGGCUGCUUGUAUGUUUCCGUUCAGCUGUUGAGUGGCAACCGAAUUCGCCCAUACAGCGGCAACCUGUACUUCCAUAAUGUUGCCGGCGAUCCAGGCGCUUCCUUGACCGUCGAAGUUAUCAUUCUCCCUACGAACGCUUAUGACGUCGCCCUUAUGUGCAACCACCAAAACCGGCGCGGCGCUGCUCCCAUGGAGUCGCUCUAA